AUGGCUACCAUCAAGGCCAUCGAGGCCAAGUCGGUUCACCAGAUCCAAUCUGGGCAAGUCAUCGUUGACCUCUGUUCCGUGGUCAAAGAACUGGUUGAGAACAGCCUUGAUGCAGGUGCCACUGCUGUGGAAGUCCGCUUCAAAAACCAUGGCCUGGACUUAAUCGAGGUUCAAGACAAUGGCUCCGGCAUUGCUCCAGCCAACUACGAGACUCUCGCCUUGAAGCACUACACUUCCAAACUUUCCAACUUCGAUGACCUCUCUAGUCUGCAGACCUUUGGCUUUCGAGGCGAGGCACUCUCUUCGCUCUGUGCUCUUUCCAAGUUCACUGUCGUAACCGCACAAGCGGAUGAAGCGCCCAAGGGCAAGCGGCUUGAUUUUGAUUCCCUGGGCAAGCUCAAAUCUGUGACCGUCGUUGCUGCCCAAAAAGGCACUAUUGCUAGUGUUGAGAAUCUGUUCGAGAGCCUCCCUGUGCGACGCAAAGAACUGACUAAGAAUAUCAAACGCGAGUAUGGAAAAGUCCUGGGCUUGCUUCAGGCCUAUGCAUGUAUUGGCGUCAAUGUCAAAUUCACUGUCAAGAACGCCAUGCCUAAAGGCAAAGGCAUGAUGGUCUUUUCUACAAAAGGAAAUGCCACAACCCGGGAGAAUAUCGCAAACGUCUACGGGGCUAAGACGCUAAGUGCAUUGGUUGCUCUGGACCUAGAGCUGGACUAUCAGCCCACAUUGACACAAAUGGCCCGAAAAGAAAAGCAUACCAACAUACGUGUUGAGGGCCAUAUCUCAAAACCGGUGUUUGGGGAAGGCCGGCAGACGCCUGAUCGACAAUUGUUCUUUGUCAAUGGCAGACCAUGCGGCUUACCUCAAAUCUCAAAGGCCAUCAAUGAAGUAUACAAGGCUUUUAAUGUCUCUCAGUCACCCUUUAUAUUCGCGGAUCUUCAAAUGGACACCAAUGCAUACGACGUGAAUGUAUCGCCUGACAAACGAACAAUAUUGAUUCAUGACUCGGCAUCGCUUGUUGAGAGUCUGAAGACCGCACUAAAUGAGAUGUUUGAUCGGCAAGAUCAGACGGUCCCUCAAUCGCAGUUCGUUAAGUCCAAGCUGCCUACCUUACAGAAAUUGAGCUUCCAACGCCAGACAUCCUCAAGCAGUCCCGAAACUGCAAGUCGACAAACUUCGUUUUCGGAGCCCGCAAACCUCGUCGACGACCACCAAGACGAGGAAGGAUUGGAAGAGGAGCAGUCUCAGACGGAGUCGUUGAAGCAUGACUUGCAAAAAUUCUCACGCACCGGAGAUGAGGUUGGACAGAGUGAAAAAUCGCAGUCACAAAUGGGAAACACACGUGAAAGAUUUGCAGAUGAAGCAGUUGGACAGAUGGCCAGGCAAGACACAGCAACGGAAGGGGAUAUUGAAGAUGAUGAUGCCCAAGAAAUGGGCGACGAAGAGGCAAAUCCCCCACAGUUUGAGGAUGAGGAAGAGCCUUUGCAGUUGGAUCCAGCCAAGAAACAUGUUAGUGAUUUCAACGCGAGAAUGGCUGAAACGCUACCCACAUCAAAGGACCAGUCCGCUAUAUGCCAGGACACUCCACGCCAAACGCCAGAGAUCGAAGCUAUUGUGCAGUCGAGAACUGGCGAGGAAAAAGGGCUCGUACAGAACGCCUUUGACCGGAUGAGGCCAAAGCGGAUGCCAGCAGAAAUUGCCACUGUCACAAUCGGAGACCGGACCAUUACCACAAUCCUAGGCAGUCAGUUUCCCAAGCCGCAGGAGAAGCGUGACAUCCCUGGCAGUCUGAGUCACGCAAGCAAGAGGCAAAAGCGCAGCAAAAGUCCAGGCACACUGCAAUUUUCUCAACAGUUGCGCAGAUUUGGUGCCCAAGGAUCCGAUAUACCGGACGCGGAGGAAGGUGACGCUGAAGGACAGGCUGAUACGGAAGGUGUCGACGGCAGUAGCGAGGUGAAUGAGGAAUUUCACGCUGAGCUCGAAUCCGACUCGGAUGAGCAGAGCUUGGAGGAUGACGAGGAUGCGACCGGGAACGAAGUACACGCAGCACUUGAUAUGGAAGGAGAAUCCGAUACAGACUAUAUUGAUGACGAAGAGAAGAAAAGGAUUGAAGAAGCCAAAGUGGCAGAGCUUAUCCUGGCGGCUGAAGCAAGAUCAGCUCUUCCAACGAAAGAGAACUUGAACCGAGCAACAAAAGCCCUGGCAGGGGGACGGGCCAAGGAAUCUACAACGAAUUUGUUAGCGACAGUUGAGUUCUCUAUCUCAGCCGUAUCUCGACAGAUGCGCAACUACGCUGAAUUAGCGCAGGCCAACAUAAACCAUCGAUCUUUGCACGUCGACGAUUUUGACGAUGAUGCUGCACAAGACCCGGAGGCAAGACUUUCACUGACCGUGUCGAAGCCGGACUUUGCGAGAAUGAAGAUUGUUGGGCAGUUCAACCUCGGGUUCAUUCUGGCCGUGCGACCCAUCAAGCUGGAAUCCGACGAUAAGAUCCAAUCAACUCAGGACGAACUGUUCAUUAUUGACCAGCACGCAUCAGACGAGAAAUACAAUUUUGAAAGACUACAAGCCGAGACUGUUGUGGGUAACCAAAGGCUUGUCCGACCUGUGACACUCGACUUGACGGCUGUGGAAGAAGAAAUUGUGCUAGAGAAUAACGAGGCCUUAGAGAAGAACGGGUUUCUCGUCGAGGUAGACACGAGCGGAGAACGAAUGGUUGGGCAACGUUGCCAUCUCGUCAGCCUGCCACUCAGCAGAGAAGUUGUCUUUGGUAUGAAAGACCUAGAGGAACUCAUCCAGCUACUUGCCGAUACACCUGGGCGCGGGGAACCCGAUAUCCCUCGACCCAGCAAAGUGAGAAAGAUGUUCGCGAUGCGAGCAUGUCGAUCGAGCAUUAUGAUCGGCAAGACGUUGUCCAAGAGACAGAUGGAGAAGGUAGUGGCGAACAUGGGGACAAUCGACAAGCCGUGGAACUGCCCGCAUGGUCGACCGACGAUGCGACAUCUGUGCAGUCUGAACACGCUGCAACCAUGGCGUGAGGGAGAUGGCGAACACGAGGGUGCAGUCAGCCUGGGGGUGGCGUUGCAACGAUUUGCAGCGGAGGAGUGA